AUGGCAGAGUCUAUGAUGAUGAACGAUCAAUCCACCCGUCAUCGCCAUUCACUAAUUGACCUGCCAUCGGAAUCCCUUGCAUUAAUCUUUUCAUUCAUCAAUUUAUUUCAACUUGGGAGCCUCGCUUGUGUGUGUCGGUUAUUUGAUGGUAUUAUCAAUAAUACUGCUCCAAGUUCUUCUUCAAGCAAUGAUGAUGAUUCAACUGUGUGUGAAUUUACCAAUUUAGGAUCCCAAGUAUUAUGGUCCAAUGUGACCAUUACGAAUCCUUUGGAUAUCUAUUGUACUCAAUUUGAUAAUUUUGCGAAUGCCAAGAGAAAAAGACUGACAGAGAAUCAUCUUGACAAUAUACAUCACCAUCAUCAUGAUUACAACAAUAAGGAUGAUUACAAUGAUCUCAUGUCACGUAUGCAAUCUACUCUCGAUCGAAUGAUUCACAAAUUUGGUACUCUAUGGAAAUGUUUGAAUAUUCGUUUAAAUGGUGUGGAUGUGAAUCAAAUCUUUUAUGAUUCACUCCUUCAAAAAACAAAGUUAGUGCCCGUCAUUUGCUAUGAAAAUUUAAUUCAAUUGACCAUUCACAAACUAUACCUUUCAGAUGCCUAUGAUUUAUCAAGCUUAUUAAUAUUGACACCUCGCUUAGAAGUAUUAUCCUUGUAUUGCAAUUCAUUUGAUAAUUAUUUAUUUCAUAUCAUUCGAGGAAAAGUAUAUCGUUCAUUGAAAAAGUUAAUCAUUGAAAGUGAGGAGUUAUCUACUUCACAAGAAGAAUUCAAUGCAGCAUCAACACGUGUAGAUGUUGUCUCACCUCCAUUUACACAAUUACAAUAUCUUUCAUUGAAACGAGUGAAAGAGCAUCAAACCCUUGUUGAAUGUUUCGCAAGUGUGAACAGUCAGAUUUACAACAAUCAAGAGACUAUACAUGACACCAUUCAUGAGUGUCAUCUUAAUAAUAACCAUGGUCAUUACAUGAAUUUGAAGGACACUGUGACUGCUCACUCUGAUAGGUUGUAUUACAGUACAGCAUCUCCAAGGUCUCUUUUAUGUAAUUCUCCAUCGUAUCAUUCUCUUCAUACUUGCCAACUCGUCCAAUGUACAUUACCAAAGAAUAUUCUAUUUCCUUCUUCAUUGCAAUAUUUAGAGAUGAUUGAUUGUAUUGGAAUGCAUGACAUGAAUAUUGUAGAGAGUAUGAAAUAUUUAUCACAAAAUUUGAACACAUUAAUUUUACAUGCAAAUUUUGAAACAUUCAUGUUGAAAGAUGAUGAUGUAUCGUUCAUGUUGAAAGAAUUUCGUAACUUGGAAUUUCUGGACAUUAGGGGUCAUACCUUACUCAAUGGAAGAUUUUUCCAUUCUCUUUGUCAUUCCCUAAAUUUAGAGUAUUUGUGUAUUGAACAUUUGAUUUCCAUUCAUCACUACGGAAACAAUAACACCACUGCAAAAGAGACUCGAAAUAUGUCUCUGUUAGAUGUUUUAGAACAACAACAACAAGGCGUAUUGUCCGAUCGAGUUCCCAAAAAUCACUCAGUCAAACAUUUGUUUAUUUAUGGAGACAAGAGAAUGAAUGAUUUACCAGAGGACGAAUGUAUGAAACAAUUGAUUGCUCCAUUCUUUGGGGAAGAUCAAAUCCAAAGUUACGCCUUGGCUGAAGUUUACUCAGCGAUUCAUUGA